AUGAUAGACGAAAAACUAUCUUACCGUGAACACCUUGAUAGUGCAUGCCAGAGAGCUAGCAAGACGGUAUCCAGCUUAUCAAGGAUCAUGGCCAACACGAUGGGACUUCGAACCAAAAAAAGACGAGUACUCUUCGAAGUAGUUCACUCAGUACUGCUCUACGGAGCAGAGAUAUGGGCGGACAUCCUAAAGCAGAAAACAUACAGGCGCAAAAUAGCAGCAGUGCAACGGAGAGGCGCUGUUAGGGUUGCCUGUGCAUACCGCACCGUCUCGGAAGCGGCAAUACUGGUCAUUGCGGGCGCAACGCUUAUCGACCUAUUAGCGUUUGAGAGAGCCAAGCUCUAUGGCGCUAAAAGGAAAUGCGACAACUUCAAGGAGGCAAAAACAAGGAUAAAAGCGGAAACCCAGCAAGAGUGGCAGGACCGAUGGACGACGGGGAAGACGAAUGGGCUUACCCUUAUGUGUAAGUACUGUCCUGAUAAAAUUGACGACGCCGAACAUACGUUCUUUGAGUGUGCUCGGUGGAAGGACUAUAGAAGUAGCACCGAAGAGAUCAUAGGCGCCAGGCUCUCCCCCUCAAGUCUGGUGACGUCUAUGAUCGAACAGGAGGGAAACUGGUCGGCUAUUGCAACCUACGCACAGCGCCUUCUGAAAGAUAAAAUUUCAGAAAGGGACCAGUAG